CUCACUUCUUCACCACGCUGAGCUCCUCUCGACCAAUCGACGCACAGAACAUCGUCGGGUGGGAAGGUAGUUGGAGGACUCCUGGGCUCCGUCACUAGGGGACUCCGCCCCUCCCGAUUUCCUCCGGGCUACAGGCGACAGAGCUGAGCCAAGCGUUUACUGGGCAGCUGUUACGCUCAGAUUCCAAAUGAAAAUGUUUGAGAGCGCUGACUCUACAGCCACAAGAUCUGGCCAGGAUCUCUGGGCUGAAAUUUGUUCCUGUCUGCCAAAUCCUGACCAAGAAGAUGGUGCCAACAAUGCGUUCUCAGACUCCUUUGUGGAUUCUUGCCCUGAAGGUGAAGGCCAGAGGGAGGUGGCUGACUUUGCUGUCCAGCCAGCUGUAAAGCCUUGGGCUCCCUUGCAGGAUUCAGAAGUGUAUUUAGCAUCUCUAGAGAAGAAGCUAAGAAGAAUCAAAGGUUUAAAUCAGGAAGUGACUUCCAAGGACAUGCUUCGAACUCUGGCCCAAGCCAAGAAGGAAUGCUGGGAUCGGUUCCUCCAGGAGAAGUUAGCUUCAGAGUUCUUUGUGGAUGGACUUGAUUCUGAUGAGAGGCAUGGGCUCGGGAAGAUCAAGUCACUAAACCCAAGACCACACAGAUACCAAGUGGCAGAUCAUACAGCCAAGCCUUCAGACCCCGACAUCUGACUCCAAGACCAUUCUGAGCCCAUCACUUCCUCACUUUGAUGGUGCAAUGGACUGUGUGUUUGUGUCCCUCUAAAAUAUACAUGUUGUAACACUAAUCCUGAUGUGAUGGUAUAUGGAGAUGGAACUUUGGGGAGGUAAUUAGGUCAUGACAGUGGACCCUUUAUCAAUGGGAUUAGUGCCCUUACAAAAAGGGGCCAGAGACCUAGCUAGUUCUCUUCUGCCAUGUGAGGAUACAUUGAGAAGUGGACAGUUGGUGAUAUGGUUUGGCUGUGUCCCAACCCAAGUCUCAUCUUGAAUUGUAGUUCCCACAAUCCCCACAUGUGGUGGGAAGGACCCAGUGGGAGGUAACUGAAUCAUGGGGGUGGUUUCCCUCAUGCUAUUCUUGUGAUAGUAAGUUCUCACGAGAGCUGAUGGUUUUAGAAGGGGCUUCCCCCUUCAAUGGGCUCUCAUUCUCCUUCCUGCUGCCCUGUGAAGAAGAACAUAUUUGCUUCCCCUUCUGCCAUGAAUGUAAGUUUCCUGACGCCUCCCCAGCCGCGCCAAACUGUGAGCCAAUUAAACCUCUUUCCUUUACAAAUUACCCAGUCUCCAGUAUGUUCUUAUAGCAGUGUGAGAAUGGAUUAAUACAGCUGGAGACCCAGAAGAGGGCUUUCUCCCAGAACUGGACCCUGCUGGCCCCCAAUUCUCAGACUCCAACCUCGGAACUGUGAGAAAUAAACCUGACUAAGGUUAGACCUGACUAAGACAAAUGGAUACUGCUACAGUGAUCUUUCCACAUAGAGCUUUUUCUCUUCUUUGCAAAAAUUUCCUUAGGACAAAUUCCCAGGAGUGGGAUUACCAGGUCAAAAGUCAUUAAUAUUUUUAAUGGCUGUGUGAAUUGACAUAAUGCUUCACAAAAGAACUGGGCUGAUUUAUAUUUUAGCCAAUGAUGUAGAUAUAUACAAGUUUCACCAGCCCCUCUUGGGAUCUUAGCCCUUCUAAUGCCUGCUUUCUAACAGCAUAGUGAGAACGUAUUGUAAAAGUCAUUUGAUUUCUUCAUGUGUUAUUCAGGGAUUGCUCUCAUCUCCUCCAAGUCUUUGCUCAAAUGUUCUCGGUGUGGUCUACCCCAAUUACUCUAUUUCAAAUGAAAACACUCCCUCCUCCUAAACCCAUUACUCUCCUUACUCUGCUAUUUUUCCACAUUAUUUGGCAUCUUAUAAUACAUACUUUUCUUAUUUAUUAUGUGUAUCCUUUUUUAAAAAACGUGCUGAAAACUCUUUAUAACAAUGCAGGACAAUGGCCAGGCACGGUGGCUCACGCCUGUAAUCCCAGCACUUUGGGA